AUGAAACCAGCAUCUUUUCUCAUAGUAUUCCAAGUGCUAACCUACUUCGUCGCCAACACUUACACCGUGAUCAAGUACCGUCAUGACUUGAUAUACGUCCUUAAAGUUCUCAUCACCCUGGGAAGCGCCGUGCAAGUAAGGAAAACAUUUACGUGCUUGAUGGUACUGAGCACAGGGAUUGGAUUUGUGCUUUACCCAUUCUUCGUAUACAUGAUCCAGGGUACUCUUUUACCAUUAUUUUUGUAUGAGUUGCCCUAUCUCGAUUGGCAUUCCGUUGAUAAGGCGGACAUUUGCUUAGUUCAUUUGCGUGAGCUGCGAGCUAUGUUGAACGAUGUGUCGAAAACAGCGGAUGCAGUCGAUAUUGCUGCUGUACAAAAGAAGUGGGAGCAAUGCAUGCAUGAUCACCGCAUGACCACUAGCUUUCUGAACAAUGUGGAAGACUUAUUGGGAAUGAUAUGCUUGGCUCAAGUAAUGAUGGGUGUGUUUACGGUGUGCGACUGUAUGUUGCUGGUAGUUCUCGUUGGCGACUUGUAUGGCGUCAUAACAUCACUGUCCUGGUACCGACUUUCGCUUCAGCAGCAGAAAGAGUAUAGAUUCAUCAUCUUUCGUCAGCAGCGUCCACUCGGUUUAACCGCAUUCGGUUUUAUGCCACUGAACUUCGAAUCCUACAUGAGUGUUUUGAAGGGCUUGUACCAAUUCUUCGUUCUCGCUAUGCAAUAUGUUCAGUAA